UCGCCCUACUGUCUCUUUGGGCCUUUCACCAUUCCCUCGCCCGCCUCUCAUGGGCGCAGAAAUCUCAAUCCUCCCACAAACCCAUAUAGCAUAGGAGACGAGCGCGUAGAGUUCGCUCCCUUAUCUCCUUCGCUCUUCCCAAUACGUACCAGCAUUUCCAAUUCCAUGGCCUUGUUCUCCCCAUUUCCCACCGCCCUCUCCACCUUAUCCUCAAAACCUUAUCUCUCCGCCAAACCCCACUUCACUCUUCCAACCAGGAGAAAUCUCUCCUUGUUUGUCACGAGGUCUUCUCCAGACAAAGGGGAAGGGAUGGUGGGGCCUGCUGCUGUAGAAGAGCAGGUGGAGGAGAAGAAAGAUUCCCCUCCUCCUGAUUUGGAGGAGAAGAAGUUGGAGGAGGGGAGGAAGGAGAAGUCUCCUCGGGAUUCUAUUGUUGCUGCGAUGAAGGUGGAAAUACCCAAGUUCAAGGACCCGAGAUGGGUGGGAGGAACCUGGGAUUUGAAGCAGUUCGAGAAGGUUGGCAAGAUCGAUUGGGCUGCCGUCAUAGAUGCUGAGGCCAGGAGGAGGAAAUGGCUUGAAGAUUAUCCUGAAGCAUCAAGCAAUGAGGAGUCCAUAAUCUUUGAUACUUCAAUUAUACCAUGGUGGGCAUGGAUCCAAAGGUUUCACCUUCCUGAAGCUGAAAGACUUAAUGGCCGUGCUGCAAUGAUCGGGUUUUUCAUGGCUUACUUGGUUGAUAGUUUAACGGGCUUAGGUCUUGUUGAUCAAAUGGGGAACUUCUUCUGCAAAACUCUAUUGUUUAUAGCAGUAGUUUGGGUGCUGCUAAUUAGGGAAAAUGAAGAUAUUGAAAAACUGAAGAAGAUUCUUGACGAGACAACAUUAUAUGACAAGCAAUGGCAAGCAACUUGGCAGGAUGAUUUGUCUGGUGAUUCAAAGAAGUAAUCUGAAUUUUCCAGAAGUAGUUUCUUCAUACAUUGUGCAUUUUCACUUUCUAACUUCUCUUGUGGCAGUUAUAGCCGAUGUCCCUUGCGAUCCAACUUUUUUCUUUUUCCAAGACAAGUGUACUAUUAUGCUCGGAGUUCAGUUAGUGCUAUAAGUUUUGUUUCUUUCAAAGAUCAAUUUCUCUUUAACUACUUACCCAAUGAAUUUUGGCAUCCA